AAGCCCUCCUUUUUCUAGAGAGAGAAAAUCACACGCACACUCAUACAAAAAAAUCUGCUGCGGGUUUUGUGCGGUCCCUCGUUCUCGUUAUCCCUUCCUUCUAUCCUAAUUCUCACCAGCCGAGCUCCUCCCUAAUCGCCUUCUGAUACAGGAGCUGAAGCACCUUUUCAAUCGAAUAGGUUUUGGUGAAGCCUCCGCUCGCCGGCGAGUCGAUGAGAUUUCUUGAUUUUUGUUUCACAUAUGGCGUCUGCGGCGUCGAUGUCUGUAUCGGUGGAAUGCGUUAGUCUUUGUACGCUAACUAAGGGCGAUGCAAGCGUGCGGUAUGAGUGCAGUGUGUCGUCAUGCGCUUGGAAGGCGCCGAGGGUUCUCACCGGCUCGCUCGCUAGCACACCGUGGCCGCAAGGUUUUGCACAUAAUCGGGGGUGGCGAUUCCGCAGGAGUAAUCGGCUUGAGGGCUUGAAUUCUGCUACUUGGGGAUGUGAAGAUAAUAGUGACAGAAAACUGAGCCGCAGACAAAAUUUUGAUUUUAUGAAAUGUAAAAAAUGCCUCAAAUCAUUCAACAUUCCUAUUUUUGGCACAACUUCGAAGAUUCUUUGUUCAUCUUCAGAGUCUUCAUAUGAGAUUUCGCCAGAAUCUCUCUGGGAGGAUUUAAAGCCUAAGAUCUCGUAUCUAGAACCAGAGGAGUUGAAGUUGGUAAAUGAUGCUUUGAGGCUGGCCUUUGAAGCUCAUGAUGGUCAGAAAAGAAGAAGUGGAGAACCUUUUAUUAUUCAUCCAGUCGAAGUAGCUCGUAUUUUGGGAGAUCUUGAGCUAGACUGGGAGUCUGUUGCUGCUGGUUUGCUACAUGAUACUGUAGAGGACACCAAUGUUGUAACAUUUGAAAGAAUAGAGAAAGAGUUUGGGUCCACCGUGCGACGAAUUGUUGAGGGGGAGACCAAGGUGUCUAAGUUAGGAAAGCUUAAGUGCAAAGAUCCUGACAUUUCAGUUCAAGAUGUAAAAGCUGAUGAUCUGAGGCAAAUGUUUCUUGCCAUGACAGAAGAGGUUCGGGUGAUUAUUGUAAAAUUAGCUGACCGGUUGCAUAACAUGCGCACGCUAACGCACAUGCCUCUGCAUAAGCGGGCUAGUAUUGCUUUGGAGACACUGCAAGUGUUUGCCCCUCUAGCAAAGCUCCUUGGAAUGUACCAUAUUAAGUCAGAACUGGAAUACUUGGCUUUCAUGUAUACACAACCUAAUGAUUUUGCCGAGCUCAAGAAGAGAGUUGAGGAUCUUUCUAAAGAGCAUGAAAAAGAAUUGGAAGAGGCUAAGAAGGUUCUGAUGCAAAAAAUUGAGAACGACCAGUUUUUAGAUUUUAUGACCUUUAAAAUAGAAGUUUUUUCAGCUUGCAAGGAAUUAUACAGCAUAUUCAAGCAGAUGUUGAGGUCCAAAACUUCAAUAAAGGAGGCUAAUCAGAUUGCACAGCUCCGUAUUAUCAUAACCCCAAAGACCCAGAUCGGUGUUGGGCCUUUAUGCAGCGCUCAGCAGAUAUGCUAUCAUGUUCUCGGCCUUGUCCAUGGGAUAUGGACUCCUAUACCUUCUGCGAUGAAGGACUAUAUUGCAACUCCUAAGCCUAAUGGUUAUCAAAGCCUUCACACAACAGUGAUACCGUUUCUCUAUGAAAGUAUGUUCCGGUUAGAAGUUCAGGUAAGGACGGAGGAGAUGGAUUUGAUAGCUGUGCGAGGUAUCGCCGCUCACUACAGCGGAAGAGUUGUCCCUGCUACGGACGGACAUGGAGUUUAUCGUGGGAGAAAUUCGAAAGGAAAAUCAAUGUGCUUGAACAAUGCGGACAUCGCCCUCAGGGUUGGCUGGCUCAAUGCUAUCAGGGAGUGGCAAGAGGAGUUUGUUGGCAACAUGAGCUCGAGGGAAUUCGUAGAUACUGUCAUGCGAGACUUGUUAGGGAGCCGCGUGUUUGUUUUUACCCCGAAAGGAGAGAUAAAAAACUUGCCGAAGGGGGCUACCGUUAUUGAUUAUGCAUAUCUCAUACACACUGAUAUUGGGAACAAAAUGGUGGCAGCAAAGGUCAAUGGAAAUCUUGUUUCUCCAAUGCAUGCACUCGCGAAUGCUGAAGUUGUGGAGAUAAUUACAUACAAUGCAUUAUCGAGCAAAUCCGCUUUCCAGAGGCAUCGACAGUGGUUACAGCAUGCAAAAACUCGCAGCGCCAGGCACAAGAUUAUGAAAUUCUUGAGAGAGCAGGCUGCACUUUCUGCUGCUGAGAUAACUGCAGACACAGUAAAUGAUUUCGUCGCUGAUCUUGAGAAAGAAAAUGAUUAUGAUUUCAAUUUAUCGGUCCUUCAAAAUGACAGAAAAUCAAUCUGGGAAAAAAUACUGGCGAGUAUUGAUGAACUGCCUUCGAUUAAAAAGCACCGCGAAAACUUAGUACACGUUAAUAAUACAUUGGAUUUUCCUAAGAUUAAUGGGAAGCAUAAUAAUGCUCUUCACAAAGGUUGCAUUAAGGUUAAUGGCUGCUCCAUGAAUUCAAGUGAUGGGUUUACUGAACUGAUGAACUCAACCAUUUCAUUGUAUAAUAAGCAAGUUCUGCCUGGUCUAGAGGCUUGGAAAGCGAGCAAAAUAGCCUUGUGGCACAACAUAGAAGAGCAUUCCGUGCAAUGGUUCUGCGUAAUAUGCAUUGAUCGAAGAGGCAUGAUGGCUGAAGUUACAUCAGCUUUGACUGCUGUUGGAGUAACUAUAUGCUCGUGUGUGGCUGAGGUUGAUAGGAAAAAGGGUAUGGGCGUUCUAUUAUUCCACAUAGAGGGGACUUACGAGAAUUUGGUAAAUGCGUGCUCGAGCGUCGAUGUUAUACCCGGUGUUCUUGGUUGGACCGCCGGUUGUAGUUGGUCUAACUCUACAAAUGAUUGCAACUAUUUUGAAUGCUAAGAUAUAAAUCACGAGAGGAAAGGUAUUCAAUUUAUACGUCAAAAGCUCAUAAUAAGAGAUCUGCAUUAGCUAAUUUUGAUAAUCACUGCAAGAAGAGGGGAAUGUACAUAGAAGAGCAUUUAGGUGUGAUAUAUGCAUGUCUCA